UCUCGAAAAUACCCCCGCUAUUCCCCUUAAUUCCCAUCUCUCUCUCCUUUACCCUUUCCGUGGAAACCCUAGACUCUCCUCCAACGGACCGUAGGAUGUACGCAGAUCGCGUGGCGACCGGAGCGAAGAGAUCGAUCAGGGAUCGCCUCGAUGGCAAUCUCGUCCAAGAUUUGGGCCGGAAUCGAUCCGACAAUUCUAAAAGUUUCAGGCAACGCCGAGACGAUGAUAAGUGGAAACAUGAUCUUUACGAUGAUGGCAAAGGGCCACAAGUUUCAAAGUCCAAUGUUGGUUCAAGUGAUCUUCGACUGAAGCUCCAAAAGAAAGCUUUACAACAAACCUAUCAAGGUGGCAGUGAAGGAGUUCGAGAUCUUCGCGAGAAGUUAUCUGGUACCAUGAAGUCACAACCAACAACUGUAGAUCCACUGAAAGCUAAAGCAGCCCCAGCAAAGGUAGCAUCGGAGAGUGGUAAACCUGUUAAAAAAAGCGUCCUUUCUACUCAAACAACUGUAACAGAUACGAAAAAACUCUCUGCACCAGCUUCCUCUAGUAAAAAGCCUCAGAAAAAGCCUGAUUUAACUGUGGAUGGGUUGCUGCGUUCUCUUGGUCUCGAGAAGUACUCAAUACAAUUCCAAGCAGAGGAGGUUGACAUGACGGCUCUUACGCAUAUGAAUGAUGAUGAUCUCAAGGCUCUAGGAGUUCCUAUGGGCCCAAGGAAGAAGAUUCUACUGGCUUUGGAUUCCAAGACCUGAAGCAGGGGUCAAAAUGCGUGAAUAUCAACCUGUGCACUGGAAAAUAGUGUUUUCAUCGAACGAUUGAAAGUUUAACAUGCAGCAGAGUCAAUUGCAUCUAACUCGUCACAAAUUCACCCAUCCAAGGGCUUGUCGAAGAAAUGCGUUGUAUUUUUAUGAAAUUUGCAGUUCGUGAAUCUCUAUGGCAGAGGUCUUUAAAUUAAACCCAGUCAAUUUGUUUUGAGACUCUUCUGGAGUUUCUGAUUUUGAUCUUUCAGAUGUUCAAGCUAAUGGCUGCUGGGUGUCCAUAGUUGCAGCAUAUGAUAGACUGUUAGUUUACUCUGAAGAGUUUGGUUCAGGAAAAUGCAUGACAGUCAUUUAGACUGCUAUUUGGGCG